CGACACAAGGCCAAACGCUCCUCGAGCAACGCUGCAUGUCGAAAGUGGUCAAACUAUACAAGCGAACUCACACCGUUUUCCCAAACUUACGCUUAUUGACGCCGUUUCGACCAAAGUUUUCUUUAUUACCUCACUCUCUGUUGACUGCCAAAGCGCAGGUAUCCAAAAUGGGCAUUCCUGAGAUUCCGGCAAAGCCCUCCUUUCCUGAAGAAGAGGAGCGAGUCUUGCAAUUUUGGAAGGAUAUCGAUGCUUUUCAAACUUCCCUGAAACUGGCCGAAGGUCGACCUCGAUUUUCGUUUUACGACGGUCCUCCGUUUGCGACUGGCUUACCGCAUUAUGGACAUUUACUGGCUGGAACUAUCAAGGAUGUUGUUACACGGUAUGCUGCCCUAACCGGACAUUACGUCGAACGUCGAUUCGGAUGGGACACACACGGUCUUCCUGUGGAGCACGAGAUUGACAAGAAGCUGAACAUCACUGGACCAGCAGACGUAAUGGCGAUGGGUAUUGACAAGUACAACGCGGAGUGUAGGGCCAUUGUGAUGAAGUACGCAUCUGAGUGGGAAAGCACUGUGACGCGCAUGGGACGGUGGAUCGAUUUCAAAAAUGACUACAAGACGUUGAAUUUGUCGUUCAUGGAGUCCGUGUGGUGGGUGUUUAAGCAACUAUAUGACAAAGACCAAGUCUACCGCGGAUUCAAGAUUAUGCCCUAUUCAACCGGUGUGACCACGCCCCUUUCCAACUUUGAGGCCAACUUGAACUACAAAGAUGUCAUUGACCCGGCUGUUGUCGUUUCAUUUCCACUGCUCAGUGAUCCUUCAGUCGCGUUCCUUGCGUGGACAACGACACCUUGGACGUUGCCAAGUAAUUUGGCUCUGUGUGUGAAUCCGGAAUUUGACUAUAUCAAGAUCAAAGAUCAUGAGACUGGGGCAGUCUGGAUCCUUUUGGAGAAGCGCCUUGAUAUUCUUUACAAAGACAUCAAAAAGGCGAAGUUUACAGUAUUGGAGAAGCUUAAGGGCAGCUCCUUGAAGGGAGUGGAGUACCAACCACUGUUCGACUACUUCGCCGAUCGUAAGGGCAAAGCAUUCAAAGUUAUGACAGAUACCUAUGUGACGGAUGACAGUGGUACCGGGAUUGUCCACUGUGCACCGGCAUUUGGUGAGGACGAUUACCGAGUCUGCACAGAACAUGGCAUUGUAACAGGAGAGGGUGAUCUCCCCAAUCCUGUCGACGCCACUGGAAAAUUCACUGCCGAAAUCACAGAUUAUGCUGGGGUUUUCAUCAAGGAUGCAGAUAAGCAGAUUCAGAAGGAUCUAAAGGGAAGGGGCAGAUUAAUUAGACAAUCCCAGAUUUCCCACAGCUAUCCAUUCUGUUGGAGGUCUGAUACACCCCUCAUCUACAAAGCGGUUCCGGGGUGGUUUGUGAGGGUUUCGACCAUAAAUGACAAGCUCAUCAAGAACAAUGAUCAGACGUACUGGGUACCAGAUUUUAUCAAAGAAAAGCGAUUCCAUAACUGGCUCGAGAAUGCCAGAGACUGGAAUGUGUCUCGGAAUAGAUACUGGGGUACGCCCAUUCCAUUGUGGGCAAGCGACGACUACGAAGAGAUCGUCGUUGUGGGCUCCGUGGAGGAACUGCGCGCUCUUUCAGGAUGCGAAGAAUUGACCGAUAUUCAUCGUGACAAAAUCGACCAUAUUACCAUUCCGUCAAAGCAAGGAAAAGGAGCACUGAAACGAGUACCAGAAGUGUUUGACUGUUGGUUCGAGAGUGGAAGUAUGCCUUACGCACAGCAGCAUUAUCCCUUCGAGAAUAAGCAGAAAUUUGAGUCAACAUUCCCGGCGGAUUUCAUUGCCGAAGGCGUUGACCAGACCCGUGGAUGGUUCUAUACCCUCAUGGUCCUUUCAACGCAUCUUUUUGACAAACCCCCGUUCAAGAACGUGAUUGUUAACGGUCUUGUUCUUGCGUCCGAUGGAAAAAAGAUGUCAAAGAGACUGAAGAACUAUCCCGAUCCAAAUGAAGUCAUGCAUUCGUACGGCGCUGAUGUUCUAAGGUUGUACCUGAUUAACUCUCCUGCGGUCCGCGCCGAGAAUCUAAGAUUUAGGGAAGAGGGGGUGAAAGAACUUGUGGCAAAGGUUUUCUUGCCAUGGUACAAUGCGUACCGGUUCUUCUUUGCUCAGUUGGCAUUGUUGAAGAAGGAACACAAUAUUGACUUCGUUUACAAUCCAAAUAUGGAUCUCUCUGGAGAGCAAAAUGUGAUGGACCGAUGGGUUUUGGCUUCAACACAGACCUUGAUCGAGUUCGUACGAACUGAGAUGGCCGCGUACCGAUUGUACACUGUCACACCGCGGUUGCUCAAUUUAAUUGACUCUCUCACGAACUGGUAUGUCCGGUUCAACCGUAAGCGCCUGAAGGGUGACAAUGGCCCCGCCGAUGCCGUCCAGGCUUUAAAUGUCUUGUUCGAGGUGCUCUUCACUUUGGCGAAAAUGAUGGCGGCUUUCACUCCUUUCAUUGUCGAGACCAUGUACCAAAACUUGAAGACAUGCUUGCCGCCUUCGAAGGAAGACACCAGAAGUAUCCACUUCCUGCCAUUCCCUGAGGUGAAAAAAGAGUACUUCAACGAUGACAUUGAACGAGCCGUUUCGCGAAUGCAAACGGUGAUCGAACUGGGUCGCUUUAUUCGGGACCAGAAGACUCUGCCCAUGAAGACACCUUUGCGGGAGCUGAUUAUUAUCAACCCUGAUCCCCAAUUCCAUUCUGAUGUCAAGGUUUUGGAAUCAUACAUCAUUGAGGAGUUGAACAUCCGAACUGUUACCAUUACAGCAGAAGAAGAAAAGUACGGAAUCAAGUACAAGCUCAUUCCUGAUUGGAAGACUUUGGGAGGGAAGUUGAAGAAGGAACUACCGAAGGUGAAGAACGCACUGCCAAGUGUCUCUCAAGAGGCUAUCAAGCAAUAUGUGAAGACACAGCAGUUGGAAGUCGGGGGUAUCGUGCUUGGCGAAGGAGAUCUUCAGGUGACUCGAUACUUCGACGACACUGCCAAUACGAGUUACCACGCACAUGGCACAAAUGAAGUCCUGGUGAUUAUGGACACGAGUCUAGAUCAGUCCUUGAUCGAUGAGGGAUUGGCACGAGAAAUCAUCAACCGAGUGCAACGAUUACGAAAAGAAGCCGGACUCCAACCCACAGACGAAGUGCUUUACUACUACAAAAUGGUCGAAGACCCGAGCGAUGAACUCGCCAAGGUUUUGGAUGGGCAACGGGAGUUUUUACUGAAAGCUCUCAAACAGCCCAUUGAGCAUCUCGACCAACGGAAACCUGACGCAAAUAUCAUCUUUGAAAAAGACCAAGAGGUGUCAAAUUCAAAGUUUCUGUUGUCCCUCGUAAAGGCGUAAUGCCGUCAGCGGGUCAAGACCACUGGAACACGUACAUCCAUGCAUCAUUAUCAAAACAUUUUACCAGGAUUAAGGCAGAUAGAGUCGGCAAAUUAGAUAUGGCUCAUAGAAGCAGCCAUGUGGGUUCUGUCGGAAAGAAAAAUAGCCUGUCCCAUCAGACCCGUUGGAAAAUAAAUGUUCAAUGAGGUGUUCUUUUCGUUCAAAGUCCCACCAAUAGAUACAGAUAAUGUCCAUGUCCUGGCAACGGCCAUUCUAG